GAAGAAGUAGUAGUAGUAGAAGAAGAAGAAACCUCCUCGCUUACUGAACAAAAAAUGGCGAAUCUCCAUCGUAAAAGGAGAGAUUACACCGACGACGGAGGGCCGCAGGAGGAGGGAGGCAGAGUGAAAACUAAGCCUGUCUCUUGUAGCACGGUGGAUGGAGGAGCGACCACUCUCAAACGCACGUCCCAGCACCUUUCAUCCGAUGACGAGGAUGAAGCCCCGCUAGACCCACCAGCACCACGCAAAGCCUCCAAAAUAGGCUUUGGCCUGAGCACUCCGAGUGGAAAAAAGUCCAAUCCCAUAUCUAUCAAACUUGGAGCAAGUAAACCCAAAGAGCCUGUUCCAACACCACCUGCUAAAAAGCCUGGGAUGCCAUCUGUUUUCAAUGAGGAUGAUGAUAGUGAACCCGAGGAGAUGCCACCAGAGGCAAAGAUGAGGAUGAAGAACAUUGGCAGGGAGACGCCAACAUCGGCAGGACCUAAUUCCUUUAACAAGGGCAAGCAGGGCUUCUCUGAUCAUCAAAAACUUUGGGAAAAGAAGCUGAAGGCCCAGGCAGACAAACUGUGAAAAAAUAGCAUGGUCAAACCAUACCUAAGAUAGCUAUAAAGGUUUGAAAUCAAAUGUGUAACAUUUGCUGCACAUCAUAUCUAAUGGCCAAUAAGAAUGAAUUACAGCCCCUUUUGGUCCUGCUUCUUCAUACCUGAAGCUGGUUAGGUAUACUUCCGAGCCAGCUUUUGUCAUGUUUUUGUAAAAAUGUACAUAGCAGUGUGAUUGGAUGCUUUUUAAAAAAUAAAAAAAAAAUCAUUUGUUGUGUUCUAGCAUGAGUGUGGAACAAAAGGAUUUUUGGUUUCUCAUCACCACUGUAGUUUUCACCAGCUAUGCCAGCUUCUGUUUCUCUGUUGUGUUUAGGUGUUUAGUCACAAUUUCUGGAAUUACACGUGCUUUGUUCUGUUUUCUUCUUAAAAAUGAAUGUGUUUUAAGAGGGAGAUGAUACACCUUACCUUUGUCAAAUAAUGUCCUUUGUCAUAUAAGUAGAGAAUAUGAUCGUAGUAAACCUAUUCAAAGAUCAUUACAACACACUGAGUAGUUUGGGUGAUUUAAAAAAAUGAUUGGCGUCUUGACGUAAUAUUCCAAGUGAAAUAUUAUAAUGAUGAAUUAUGCUGUUUUGGAGUGACCUCAUAAGAAAAUAUGUAUAAGUUGAAAAGUUUACACUUCGAAUGUAAACGCUUACUGUUUGUGUUGUGCUGGCUUGUGGUGGCCGCAAAAAUGUAACCAAUAAGAUGUCACAUUUAAUCUGUCACGUCUCUUCAUGUCCUUUUUGUUCCUCCAAAAUGAACAAUUGAAAUGUCAUAUAUUGGUUAUAUGUUAAUCUCAGUUAAAAAAAAUGUGACUAAACACUACGGAGCACAUGUUUUAACGUACAGCCCAAUAAACAUUUUGGCAGA